UGGCUAUGGCCGUUCCCAGUUUAUGAGCCAACGCUGUUACCACCACUCGCCCUUGAAUCCUCCUCUCACACAGCUCCUGUAGGUCCUUCCUCCAUCGCCCGCUUCCGAUGCAUCUGCUGCUGUAGGCAUCGCCUGCAUCCUGGGAUUCUGGUCCCGUCCGAGAGGUGUGGCUACCCGGGUAGCAACUGACAUCUCUUCGUGUCAUGUAUUGGAUUGUCUGUCUGGUUGUUGUUCGGAGGGGUUGGAGUUGUGGAGAGUAGUGGAUUUGCCGGGGCAGCAUUGGUUUCGAUGGGGGAGGCGAUCUCCUAAAGUGUGGUGGUGGAUAGUGUGAGGUAGAGGGGAGUGGCGGGCAUGAGGGAUGGGGACGCUGCGGAAGUUGGUGGAGGUGUUGCAGCUGCCCGGGGGCUCGUUUCAAGAGCGGGUAAAGGAUGCGGAGGUGCAGGCAGGAUUAGCUGAGCUUCAGGCCCUGCUGAUGCGAGGGGUGGACGUGGAUGUACAGGGGGCGGGGUUGUGGCAGUGGAAUAAGCAGCAGGUGGAUUUUGCUUUGGCGAUUGUCGAGGCCGUACUGUGCACUUCUUGGGAUUGGAUCGCAGAUGGAGAAGACAAAGCGAUCUUGGAGCAGAUCUACAGAUCUGCAGUUCAAAUCUGCUUGCAGGGGCUUGAGUAUUUUGUGUCGGAGCUCUGUGAAGGCAGUCAUAGUGCAGGCCCCGGGGAGACGGAUGCCUUCAAGUUGUCCAGAACUGAUGCUAGUGUGUAUCCCAAGAUGCAACACAGGUUACUCGAACUCUUGGAGAUCGCCAUAAUUGAAGGAAAUGCAGGGGAGCGGAGUUCGCAUAUAUUGCAAUCGCUGGAUAACGCUACCGCUGAAGUGCCUUUCUUUGAUUCUCCUGUUCCGAGUUCCUCUGGAAAGAGUUCAACUGGCGUGAUGGGGCGAACCUUUGGAGAGGAGAGCCAUUUUGGACUCCCGAAGGUGGCGGGUCCGUCACAAACUAUACUUUCAUUGUUGGCUACCGAGGAUCUAUUUGUUCAUGAGCUGAGCAGAGGUUCUCAGGGUGAGCAUUUGCAAAUGGUGUUGAAGAGCGGGAGUAGCAUGGUGGCUGCAGCGCGUCAGUUUGCUGUUGAACAGAUCCGAUGUAUUCCACGUUUGUUAGAGGUGUGCCAAGCAUCGCUAGUGGGUUGCGGUAAAGUUUCCAAGGAUGAGGGAAACAGGUUAUUGCAGGGCAGGAUAGCUCUUGUUUCUAGUAUAGCGAACUUUUUGUUGAAUCUUUCCAGAGGGCACGUUGCAGGUUUUUUGGACGAGGAGGUUGGCACAAAGCUAGUGGAAUUUGCUUCAACUCUGCUAGUCUUCCUCCAACACAUUUAUGAAUCGAGUAGCUCUGUGCCUGAGAUAAUGCUGGAUUCCAACCAAGGCAGCUCACUUCCUUCUUUAUUAGAUAGUUUACUUCGGCUCUCAGAAGUAAUCUUCCCGGAUAGGAUCGUCUUGCAAAACUUCAAAUGUUUUGUAGCGGCAUCGAUGCUGAACACUCUAGAUACUAGUUUAAAGCAACAUGGUCCGCUUUUUGAGCAACAACUAUCGUUGGCGCACACUUCACAUGUAAUUAGCCAUUUUCUAGGUCUUAUUCAGGAUAUUCAUGCUCACGCACAUGGAAUAUUCCACCUGCAACCAACAGCUCCUGCAGUCGGUCUUACUCGGGGUCAAACUGAAAGGUUUACUCAAAAUUUGCCUAGUUGUGAGAUUUACAACAAGAAGUUCGACUUGAAUCAGGUGCUCAGUCCACAAGAGCAGUUGCAGGUUGUUUUUCCAAAUGAAGGCCACUGGCUGGGCAAUCUAGUGGCUUUGACGGCCUUCUUUCACGCUCAAGGCCUUAAAGAGGGAUCAAUCUUGGGGACUGCUUCAUCUGUGCGCAGUGAAGAGGAAUCUGCUGUAGGAUCAACGGAAUCUGUUACUGUUGCAAGUGAGGAUGAUGCGCUGUUUGGAGAUCUUUUUUCGGAAUCUGGACGACAUUUGAUGAAUUCAGAGGGGUUUGCGUCAACCUGUACCUCAAGAAAGAAGUUGGAUGCCCUUCACAGUACUCCUCUCCAAGUAGCCAAUUUGUUAUUAAGCUUUCUGAAAAAUUGUCUGUUCUGUUCCGAGUGGCAUCAACCGACGUUCGAUGUCUCUUGUAAGAUGCUGUCGAAGGAAAAUCUGGAUGUUUUCCUGCAGAUUUAUCUAUCCCAAUCUAGUCUAAUGAACAGCGACGCACUUGGUUUCGAUGUGGUGGACUCUGAAGAUAUUGCCUCUGACUUGUUGGGUCAACUACAUGAGAGAUCCUUUGACUUGCUCAACACCCUUGUGAUUAGGCAUGCUCUAAAUGAUGCUUUGGAGUUGCAUCUUGCCACGCAGAUACUGAGAGGAGGAGAUGCCUUCAGUGCUCUGUCUGCAAAGAGCUGCAGUUUAUUUGGAAAAUUGCUUGUUAAGCGGUCGAUUCGAAGAGGCACUUCCACCCAGAACGACCCCUUAGCUUUUGAUUUUUGGAAGACAUUUCUGGAUUAUGUUCUUAGUGCCCUGAGUGGCAGAUCUGGUGAAUUGAAUAUCAAGAAGGCCCUGCCUUCCUUCUUCCAGAUGGAGCUUCUCUUCAUGGCCUUCCAUUCAUUAGAUGGUCCUGGAAGGUCUAUCAUAUUACAGAACUUAUUGGUUGCCUUAAAGCUUCUUAGGAAUACCGAGAGACAUCCAUCUCCCGGCAGACCAUUUUUAAUGUGGUCCCUGCUAGUAUCAAGAUUGUUGUUGGCAUUGCGGUACUUGGUUCUGCAUUUUGAUUCCUUUCCAGAGUGGCUGUUGGUGCACUUGCGUCGGAAGCUGCUGGUCAAUUUUUUAGAUACAAGCUCUAAUGCAUCAGGAGAUGAUCAUCCUCAACAGUCAUGGGCAGGUCUUGUUGCCCACAAUAUUUUUAAGGAAUACGGAUCCAAGGAAGAGCGUGUCAUGGACGACAUAUUUAUCCAGCAGCUUGUUGAUAUAAACGGAUCUUUGAAUAAUAGUGCGCUUCAAGAUAUUGAUUUGGAUAUGAACGACAUCUGCCAAGUAAUUAGUGAUAUUUUGGGUAUGUGGAAGGGCAGGUCCUUCAAAAUUGUGGAAGAGUUGGUGGUUGAAAGGCAUGUAUAUGUGAUGGGCUGGAGCACAAUAUGCUGCUUAAGCCCUUCAUUGAAGCCUGAUGCAGCAGGGGAAUUCAAUGUGGAUUAUGUGAAGUCGGAUUUGUUAUUGAGCCUCACGAAAACUCUGCUUAGACCAGGUGUUAGUGAUACAAGUCUUGUUGCACAUCAAUGGGCGGGGUUUUUGACACGCAACCUGUCUGCUGUGCGAACUCUUCUCUGUGAAGGUCAGUUUAAACUUCUGUCUUGGGAUUUAUUGAGGCAGGGGUCUGCGUUGACUGUGCUGCUGUCAUUACUCCGAGUUGGAGAGACAGUCACGGUAGAAAGGAAUGUCUUAGAGGAUAUGUCUUUAAAAAAGACCCAGCUACCGGCUUUUAUCAAACAGACAAUGGACUUUUUAUCCAAGGAUGAUCAUUCACGGAACCUCUUGCAAAUCUUAUCUGUGUUACUGAAUUGUUACGUGAAUCUGGUGCGAGACUCGGUGUCACAUAUUCUGGUAGAGUUGCGAUCCUGCAAGGCAUCCAUAUUCUCUAUUGAUGUACUGUUACAAGGGGGAUUGUCAAGGAGUAAGCAAGAGGGCCUUCUAGGAGCUAUGGGUGUAAAUGUUACGAUUUUGCAUUCGUUGGUCAAAUGGGAUGCAGAGAGUGCAUGGUUAUCCGAGCAUCUGACGCUUUCCCUGGGGCCCAACAUGGAGAAAUUGAAGGGUCUUGAAGCCAUUAUGCUUCCCGCUCUAUAUCAUGGGUUUCCAUCAUUUUCCAAGGUCGGCAGCGCGGCCUUACUGUCGGCAAUUAUGUGCAUAGUGGCGGUCUUGGACUCAUUUCAAGUACUUCUUCAUGCUCGGGAUGGUAAUGGAGUAUUUGAUGGAGAGGUUCUGCAGGAAGAGGUCUUGGAUGGACUGUUGAACACACUUUUGGUAAUGAAAAUUGACAGUACUUUUGGAAGCAUGCAAUCAAAGUGCGCUGUUUUACUGGAUCUUUUGAUACCUCUUAAAGAAGAGCAGGCCUUGUACUCUGACUUGAAUGAGCUAAAGCAUGCACAGAAGCUCUUACAGCUUCUUUGCAAAAGGAGGGACGAAGUUGACGAGACAGUUUGGGAGGCCCUUGUUUUGCAUGUGCUUGAUGUUCACAACAAUAUUUACAGCGAUCCCUCCAGAUUGGAGGCAUUGCUACUUUAUUACUCUAAACUGCAACCGGCAUGUGUGGAGGGGAAAAAGGUGAAGAUUUUGCGCAAAUGCAAAAGUCUUGUGGGUUCGGGAGAUAUUUCACUUCUUAUAGAUAUUCUGGAUAACUGUACCAUCGAAAGUGUGAACGUAAAGUCUUUACAACUUCUUGUUGUCCUACUUGGAUACGACCUUAGGUCUAAGAUGGAUCUGGAGCAAAAGCUUCUUCAAAUGGAUACAGUCAGUUUAGCUGGGUGGCUUGAGCAACGGUUUUUCGGCUGGAUUAGUGAUGCCGAUGAGGACAAGUCUGUGAAGCGGACAGCACCUUCUGGUGUCAGGGAUCUCAUUUCUAGUUUUGUUCAAUCCCUUGUGCCUAUUUCUCCCGAGGGGCAGGGACAUAGGCUCCACUCUCAUUUGCUAACAGCGAUGCUGAUGAAUCUAGAAAGGGCUUUUGUGACCUUGGAUGUAGUGGCUGCUAAAUCAUAUUUUGGAUUGAUUGUUCAACUGGCACAAGGCGAUUUGUCUUUAAAGCGGUUGCUGCGAACCGUGGUGGAACUUGUCAGGAAGUUGCCUGUAAAUGACUCACAUUUGGAAGGGGUGAAAUCUAUGGUUUCCUUUCUGAACUCUAUCUUGAGUAUUUGUGGUGGCAACAGGAUGGAGUUGUUUGCUGAGCAUGGAGUAAAUAAUGACAGCUUUAGUGGUUUAAGUUCGAAUGCAAAAAUGAAACAGUCGGUGUAUCAUAAAAAUUUAGAGCUGCCGCCAACCUCUCAGGAGCCAGGCGCGGGAGCUGGUGAUUGUGAUGCAAUGUCAGUAGACGAAGAUGAAGACGACGCAACCUCGGAUGGUGAAAUUGCAAGUCUGGACCGUGAUGAUGAUGACAAUGGCAGUAACAGUGAACGGGCGCUGGCCUCAAGUGUUUGCACAUUUACUUCCAGUGGUAGCAAUUUCAUGGAGCAGCAUUGGUACUUCUGUUAUACCUGCGACUUGACUGUCUCUAAGGGAUGCUGCUCUGUUUGUGCCAGGGUCUGUCAUAAGGGACACAAGGUUGUAUACUCUCGUCUCAGCCGGUUUUUUUGUGAUUGCGGGGCUGGAAGCGUCAGAGGCAGCACCUGCCUCUGCUUGAAACCCAGGAAAUACGUUUCGUCUUCGAACGCUAUUCCGUCAACAGGAACUAGCGCUACUGAAAGCUUCUUGCCACUUGGUACUCACACAAGUCAGCUUCCUCUGUCUGACAGUGAUUCUGAUAUUGAAGUGGCCCAUGUGGCCGGAGAAGUUGCUUUCAAAGUUUCAAUUGUGGAAGGUGAAGAGAAACGUCUUUUGACUUUGCUUUCGGAGUUGGAUGUUGAAGAACAGGUUCUAUCUUUGUGCAAACGGUUGCUCGGUGAUCUAAAUUUAGGUCAUAGCUCAACAAGGAACGAUGACCAGAAGCCAUGUUUGUCCAAAGACGUAAAUUUGAAUCUUAAAACUGAUCUUCUUCAUCUGAAGAGGGCUUACAAGAGCGGGUCGAUGGACAUGAAAAUUAAAACAGAGUAUCCUAAUGCACGGGAACUUAAGUCUCAUCUGGCCAGCGGCUUGCUUGUGAAAUCUCUGUUGUCAAUCAGCAGCCGAGGCAGAUUAGCGGCUGGAGAAGGAGAUAAAGUAACCGUUUUUGAUGUUGGACAACUUAUUGGUCAACCAACUGCACUUCCUGUUACCGUUGAUAAGGCUACAGUCAAGCCUUUAUCAAAGAAUGUAGUACGCUUUGAAGUGGUGCAGCUUUCAUUCAACACUGCAAACGAAAGUUACUUGGCAGUUGCGGGUUAUGACGAUUGCCAGGUUUUUACCGUCAACCCUCGUGGAGAAGUAACUGAUCGUUUGGCUGUAGAGCUAGCUCUUCAAGAUGCAUACAUACGUCGAAUUGCCUGGGUCCCUGGUUCGCAAGUUGAACUAAUGGUUGUUACCGAUAAGUUCGUGAAGAUAUAUGACCUUUCCCAGGACAAAUUCAGUCCAACUCAUUAUUUUAUGGUUUUGGAGGACUCCAUUGCAGAUGCUUGUUUAGUUUCUACUGGUCAACGGCAGCUAAUUGCUAUUGUCCUUUCUCAGCAAGGCAUCUUAUAUAGACAGCAAGUUACUGGCUGUGACGCGGGGGCCCGUAUUUUGACUGAAAACAUUCAAAUUCCUAGAGGCCAUAAGCUCUUGAAGGGGAUAUCAUUACAUUAUUCUGCUGCCUUGAAUUUGCUUUUCUUGUCUUACAGUGACAAUCUUACUUUAAUUGCACAUAUGAAUUCUGGUUUUACUAGCCUUUCGGAGGUGGCCAGUGUAGUAGAAGAGCAAGAUGGCAAAAUUAGGGCUUCAGGAUUGCAUUAUUGGAAGGAGUUGUUUGAAGGUAAUGGCUUAUUUGUGUGCUUAUCCAGUCAAAGAUCCAAUACAGCGGUUGCUGUAAAACUAGGAGCGAGUGAGACUUUCUCCCAGCUUUUAAAAACAAUUGGUAAUUCAUCGUCCUCGCGGGUUGAUGGCGUUGCGUCGUAUUGCCCCAUUAGCAAAGAAAGAAACAGCGUGUUGUUGCUUCACGAUGACGGGAGCUUGCAAGUGUUCUCGUACGUGUCGGUGUCACGGGCGACCGGGAAUGGUCUACUUGGUACUGACAGUCAGAAGCAGGCUGGAAGCUUGGAGCCUGAGCAAGUGAAGAAGCUUGGAACUGCUCUUUUGGACAGUCGAGCAAAUCAUGAUGGUGCUGCUCCUGUGUUUCCCCUGGAUUUUUUUGAGAAAACCACGUGCAUUACAGCAGACGUUAAGUUGGGUGGAGACAUUCUUCUAAAUAAUGAUUCAGAUGGUGUAAAGUUAUGUUUGCAAACUGAAGACGGAUUUUUAGAAGGUCCCAAUGCAUCCGGGUUUAAGAUUCUCGUACUCAAUUCCAACCCCGACCUUGUCAUGGUGGGUUGCCGGGUGCACGUUGGUAAUACCUCUGCAAGUCAUAUCCCUUCAGAACUUAGCGUUUUUCAAAGGUCCAUCAGGCUGGAGGAAAGUGUUCGUUGCUGGUAUGAUAUUCCAUUCUCCAACGCGGAGGCAUUGUUGGCUGACGAAGAGUUUACUCUUGUUAUUGGGCCUGCUUUUGGUGGAUCUUCUCUACCGAGAAUAGACAGUCUGGAAAUUUACGGCCGUUCUAAAGAUGAAUUUGGAUGGAAGGAGAAGCUAGAGGCUGCCUUGGACUUGGAAUCCCCAGGACAAGUAGGAUCUGCCUUAAUCCAGUCGAGCGCGAAUAGAACUAAACAGAAAUUGAUGCAAAAUGCAUCUCCAACGGAACAAUUGUUAUCAGACAGUUUGCUGCUCCUUCAGAGUUACUAUUUGGCAUGUCGGGUUCAGUUCAAGGCAGAAUUCGCACCUAAUAGACAUGAAGAAAGUCGGAAACUUUGUAUGUCAGUUCUAGAUGUUGUUUUUGAAAACGACAGGCAACCGCUGCUGCAGUCUUCAGCUAGGCAUGUUCUCCGAGCUUUGUAUCCUGGGAAGGAUGCUUAUAAUCAGGCCAAGGAUUACAUGCGAUUAUCUGCGGUUACUCGAAGCUGUCCACUUCUGUUAUCAAGAUUAGCUGUAGGAGGAUCUGCUACAUCGUGGGCAGUUCAGGAGUUUUCGGUUCAAAUGCGUGCUGUGUGUAAAAUCGCAGUACAUCGUCAAACUAAUUUGGCCAGUUUUCUGGCCCAGCACGGAGCAUCAGUUGUAGAAGAUCUCGAGAAGAUUCUUUGGGAAAUAUUGACAAGAGAGCAGCUCGAUGCCCAAUCUAUCAAUAAUCUUGUGAUACCCAUGGUGGAUAUCAUAUAUGGAUAUGCAGAGUGUCUUUCCUUGCAGCAGGUUCAUGACAAUGGGAAUCCUCAGAAAACUGUGGCUCCAGCAGUAUACUUCCUUCGAAAAUUACUUUUUGCACCUUAUGAACCUGUGCGAACAUCUUGCAGCUUGGCUAUGUCAGCAAGGUUACUGCAGGUACCACUCCCAAAACAGACCAUGCUGGCUAUGGAUGAUGUAGCUGAACAUCAGAAGCCACCAUCAAUACCUCCAGAAGUUGGGGGUGAUAAUGCUGGUGCCGGACAAGGUACGAUGGAUGAGGACGCCAGCACUGCCUCUGUGCAGUAUUGUUGUGAUGGAUGUUCUACUGUUCCUAUAUUGAGAAGGCGCUGGCACUGCAAUGUGUGCCCUGACUUCGACCUUUGUGAGAGUUGUUAUGAGGUAAUGGAUGCCGACCAGCUGCCUCCUCCUCAUAGUAGGGAGCAUUCCAUGUCGGCAAUUGCCAUUGAGAUGGACGUGGAUAGCGGAGAGGGGAACGAGUUGCAGUUCUCCGCAACAGAUGAAAUGAGUGAUGAGAGCUUGCUUCAGAUGGCGACUGAGCUCAGCCUACAGGCAAGUGCUGUGCCGCUUAUGGUACCUAAUGACAGCAGCGAUGUGACUCAGUCGGUGUUGGUCGAGGAGCCGAAGAGCAUGGAGAUAUCAGCAUCAAAAAGUGCUGUGAAUUCAUUGCUUUUGCAACAACUCAUUACUGAUAUUAAGGGCUGGAUGCACUCCUCAUCUGGUGCACAAGCAGUACCUGUUAUGCAGUUGUUUUACAGAUUAGCUUCUGCACCAUCAGGUCCGCUGGUUGACAGAUCGUCCAACGGAGGGGAUUUAGACUUGGAGCUGUUUAUCAAACUGAUGCUGCAGGAGUUGGAUCUUAGCAGACCUUUGCAAGUGAAAUCUCGGUCCAACUUGGGAGAAGUUCGCAUUCUUGUUUUCAUGUUUUUCACGUUUGUUUUGCGCAAUUGGCAUCAACCAGGUUCCGAGCAAACAAGACCAAGCUCAACAAGCUCAAGUCUUACUUCACCUGCAUCACGCCCGCAUGAAACUCAACUUGAAUCUAAGGGAAGCUCUCAGUCUGUGAGGGCUUGUGCAGCCUUGAGACAGCAGCCUUUACUCAAUUAUUUGCACAAUAUUAUUCUACAGUUGAUGCAAUUAUUGAAGGCUUCUUCUAGAGGUGUUGAAGAAUGCCCGUCCAGCACAACCACUGCGGCUUGUGGGGCACUUUUAACAUUAAGACGGGAGUUUGCGUCAGGGAGCUUUACUCCAUUUUUCUCCGAUUCAUAUGCCAAGGUUCACAGAGGGGAUUUGUUUGGUGAUUAUCACCGAUUGCUGGUGGAGAGUGCCUUUAAGCUUACUUACAGCCUUGUACACACAGAGAAACCUGAAAAGGUGGGAGACAAAGACCAGCCAGUCUGUAGGAGUCUAAGUAGCCCAGACUGGAAACUUGAGGAGUGGCAAGAAGUUUUAUGCAGCUAUGUUAACAAUCCACAGACUGCCUUCAUUAGAAAGUAUGCGAGGAGACUCCUACUGCAUUUAUGUGGUACCAAAAGUCAUUAUUACAGUGUUAAGGAUGCAUGGCAGCUCAGCCGAGAAGUGAAGAGAUUAUACAAGCUCUCCCAGAAGACAGAUGGAUUUCAAACACCUUUACCUUAUGAAAUGAGCGUGAAGUUGGUGAAAUGCUUGUCCAUUAUUGUUGAAGUUGCGCAAGCGAGACCGUGGAACUGGCAGAAGCAUUGUUCUAGGCAUAUUGAUGUGGUUCAGUUUCUCCUGAAGGGCGUAUUUUCGUUUGGAGAGGAGUCGGUGGUGCAAACCUUGAAGCUUUUGAUGCUCGUAUUUUAUACAGGCAAGGAAGGAGGAGGUUCGGGAAAGUUAUCCUCUGAACAAGCUGAGGUUAGCAGUUGCAAUGUGCCUGCCCUAACUCAGGCUGGAACAUCCACAUUAGAGGGGAAGAAGAAGAAGCGGAGUAGUGGUGAUGAUACGAGUGGACAUGAUAACAUUCAUAUGGACAUGGACAUGGCAGUUGAGCAGUUUUCUCUGGAAGAAGGGAAGGUCUUGAAAAACUUCAUCGAUAUGUUCUUAUUGGAGUGGAAUUCUACGUCCGUUCGGUUCGAAGCCAAGGCUGUGCUGCAUGGCACAUGGAAUUACGGAAAGCAGUCCUUUCGAGUUCUUUUACUGAAAUGUUUGCUGGAAAAAAUUCCUGUGUUGCCAUCCUAUGGACACAAUAUUGUGGAAUACACGGAUUUAUUUACUUGGCUUCUUGCGAAAGGAGAUCCACAUCAUGAUUCAAAGUCUAAUUCAGAGGAAGCAAGUGCAGUUCGAAGCUGCUUGACUGGAGAUGUGGUGAAGCACAUAUUUGGAGCUUUAUGUGCACAAAAUGAACUUCUUGCCAACCAUCCAAAUUCUCGUAUAUAUAAUACUCUAACAAGCCUUGUGGAGUUCGAUGGAUAUUAUUUGGAGAGUGAGCCUUGUUUGGCAUGCAGCAGUCCAGAAGUGCCGCACACGCGCAUGAAGUUGGAUAGUCUUAAGGCGGAAACCAAGUUUACAGAUAACAGAAUAUUGGUCAAGUGUGUUGGUAGUCACACUAUACAGAGUGUGAUGAUGAACGUACAUGAUGCACGUCGUUCAAAGUCGAUAAAGACAUUGAAUCUUUAUUACAACAACCGGGCUGUUGCUGAUCUUUCAGAGCUCAAAAACAAUUGGUCAUUGUGGAAGCGGGCUCGGAGCUGCCAUCUUGCAUUUAACCAGACUGAGUUGAAAGUGGAAUUUUUGAUUCCUAUUAUAGCCUGCAAUUUAAUGAUUGAACUUGACACAUUUUAUGAAAAUAUUCAAGCAGCAUCGUUGGAAUCACUUCAAUGCCCUAGGUGCAGUCGCCAUGUUACUGAUAAGCAUGGCAUCUGUGGGAAUUGCCACGAAAAUGCUUAUCAAUGCCGACAAUGCCGCAACAUCAACUACGAAAAUUUGGAUUCCUUUCUUUGUAAUGAAUGCGGGUACAGCAAGUAUGGACGAUUUGAGUUCAAUUUUAUGGCGAAACCCAGCUUCACAUUCGAUCAUAUGGAGAAUGAUGAGGAUAUGAAAAAGGGAUUGGCAGCUAUUGAAUCAGAAUCAGAGAACGCUCACAGGAAGUAUCAACAACUACUUGGUUUCAAGAAGCCCUUGCUAAAGCUUGUUUCGAGCAUUGGAGAGACCGAGACGGAUUCUCAACAGAAGGAGUCUGUACAGCAAAUGUUAGUGUCUUUGCCUGGGCCAUCCUCCUAUAAGAUAAGCAGAAAGGUUGCCAUUCUUGGGGUAUUGUAUGCUGAAAAGUGCAAAAUGGCGUUUGAUUCUGUGAGCAAGAGUGUGCAGACUUUGCAGGGCCUACGCCGUGUAUUGAUGACUUAUUUGGAACGGAAGAGGUUAUCUAAUUCUUCGCCAGAUCUUAUGGCCCCACGUCCUACUAAUAAAUGCUUCGGAUGUGCUAACACAUUCGUUGGUCAAUGCCUUGAGUGGUUACAAGUUCUUUCUAAGCAAUCUAACAUUCGGGAACAGUUGGUUAGUGCUGGAAUCGUCAGGGAGCUUUUUGAAAACAACAUUCAUCAAGGUCCCAAAGCAGCCCGUAUUCAGGCGCGAGCAGCUCUUUGUGCCUUCUCUGAAGGUAACUCUGCGGCACUUCAGGAGCUCAACCAGUUAAUUAAAGAGAAAACGUUGUACUGCGUGGACCAUCACCGCUCUAUGGACAUUUCUUCAUGUGUUCGAGAUGAACUGCAGUUGCUGUCUGAGACAUGCUCUUUGACUGAUGAAUUUUGGGAAGCGCGUUUGCGGAUUGUCUUUCAGAUUUUAUUUCGGUCCAUUCAGGUUGGAGCACACCAUCCAAUGAUAGCAGACCAUAUCAUCCUUCCCUGCUUGCGUGUUGUAGUUCAAGCAUGCACACCACCCAGGCUAGAAAGCAGCCCAGGACAUGACACUGUCACAGCUGUUUUAUCAGUCUCUCGAACACGCUCAACAGAGGAGUCUGCUAAAUUAGGACAUUCUGGAACCAAUGGGACUAAAAAGCUCAAUCCAUCUGGUCUUAUGGAAAAGAAGUCAAACCAGGAUUUAGAAGAUCACGACAUAUCUCUAGUAAAUUACGCUGAGUGGAGAAAUGGUGCAACAUACCUUGACUUUAGUAGGAGACAAUCUAUGAUCUCUCAGGCCCCUGAAAGUGUUGUACGCCGGAAGCCUCGUAAAGACUCGAAGCAUGGAGACUAUCUUGCACUGAAAUAUUCACUAAUGUGGCGACGGAAAGCGUGCCGAGUGUCCGUCAUAGAUGAGUUGGCAGCCUUUGAAGAGAGCUCUUGGGUGCAAGAGAUCGUUCUUAGUGCAUGUUCUCAAGCCUUGCGCUUGGAAAUGUGUAGACUUAUUGAAGUUUUAUGUGCCCAGAGCCCAGUACGACGAUCACGGUUUCUGAACUUGCUUAUGAACCUGUUACCAGCAACAUGUGCUGCUGGUGAGAGUGCAGCUGAUUACUUUGAGCUCCUAUUCAAGAUGGUGGAACCUGAAGAUUCCCGCCUGUACCUUACUGUCCGUGGUUUCCUGCACACUACCAGCGCUUUAAUUUCUGACGAAGUUAGCAGAAUUGAGGCUCAAGAAAGGAGCUCACAUACAGAUAUUUCGCAGGGAUACAUUCUUCACAAACUCAUUGAACUUCUCAGCAAGUUUCUACAGCUGCCUAACAUCAGAAUAAAGUUCAUGAAGGAGCAGUUGCUUGCUCGAAUAUUGGAGGCAUUGUUAGCAGUUAAAGGAUUAGUAGUGCAGAAGACCAAGCUUAUUGGUGACUGUGAGCGGCUCAUGCGGGAGCUGUUGGACAGUCUACUUCAAGAAAGCUACGAGAACAAACGUCAUUUUAUCCGUGCCUGUGUCUCUGGCCUUAGUCGGGACAGGAACGGUCGCUCUCCAGUGUUUAUUUUGGAGCAGCUGUGUAAUAUUAUCUGUCCUACAAAACCUGAACCAGCUUACAUGAUGGUCCUCAAUAAGGCACACACUCAGGAGGAAUUUAUUCGAGGCUCUAUGACUAAAAACCCGUAUUCCAGUCUAGAGAUUGGACCUCUAAUGCGUGAUGUGAAAAACAAAAUCUGUCGGCAACUGGAACUUCUUGGGCUUAUAGAGGAUGAUUAUGGUAUGGAGCUUUUGGUAGCUGGGAGGAUCAUUGCUCUGGAUUUGAGUGUUGCACAGGUAUAUGAGCAGGUGUGGAAAAAGGCUCACAGUCAAGCAGCGAGCUCUGCUGCUGUCUCGAGCUUGCAGAGCACAACUACAACUCCAGGAAGAGAAUGUCCACCGAUGACUGUUACUUAUCGGUUGCAGGGAUUGGACGGAGAAGCAAUAGAGCCAAUGAUCAAAGAACUAGAGGAUGACCGUGAAGAAGUUCAAGAUCCAGAAGUUGAGUUCGCGAUUGCUGGAGUGAUGCAGGAAUGUGGAGGUCUAGAGAUCGUAGUCAAUAAGGUUCAGCAGCUAAGUAACGCUGGAAUCAAAUCUGGCCAAGAGGAGCUUACACUGGUGCUGAAGCUGCUUAUGUAUUGCUGCAAGCUUCGGGCCAACCGGCAGGCUCUUCUUCAUUUUGGAGCGUUAGCUGUCCUUUUAGAGACAGCCCGGCGAGCGUUUUCAACAGAUGCAGUCGAACCAGCUGAAGGUCUCUUGCUUAUAAUUGAGAGUUUAGUGUCUGAGGCUAAUGAAAGUGACGUGAGUGUUGAGUUAAAUACGGGAGGCCAAGCUGCAGCCGCCGUAGAAAUGUUUUUGGAUCGUUUAACUCACUCCUCGGGAGCUAAGCAACAGCGGAAUAAUGACACAGUUGCUCGUAUUCUCCCUUUCCUCACUUAUGGAGAGCAGACUGCCAUGGAGGUUCUGGUGAACCACUUUUUACCGUCUCUUAUGGAUUGGGAUAGUUUCGAUAGUUUGCAGAAAUUGUACUGUGAGAAUACCAAGAACGAUCGUGUCAUGCAGAAGGCAACUGAGCAUCAGCGUGCACUCGCAAAUUUCGUGCGGGUUACAGAAUCUAUCAAGCGUAAUAGCAAUGGGGAAAGGCUCAAGAGCCUCGUUUUUGAGAAAGGAAUCAUUUCAGCUGCUAUCCAGUAUUUGAAGAGGGCCUUCCCAGUUCAAGAAAAAGGCUUGGAUCAGAAAGCGACACCAGAAUGGGUGCAGGCUUUGGAAAUGCCGUCCGUUCCUAUAAUUUUAUCAAUGUUGCGGGGCCUCUCCAGAGGCCACUUGGUAACUCAACAAUAUUUAGAUAACGAAGGGAUUUUACCUCUUCUGCAUGGACUUGAAGGAGUUCCAGGGGAGAACGAAAUAGGUGCUCGAGCUGAAAAUCUGAUGGAUACGCUUGCCGAUAAAGAAGGAAUCAACGAAGGAUUUCUAUCAGAGAAAAUUGUGCAACUUCGCAAUUCUACUCGUGAUGAGAUGAGACGACGUGCUCUACGACGACGACAAGAGCUGCUCGAGGAUUUGGGCAUGCGGCGUGAGAUACGGCUUGACGGUGGUGAGCGCAUAGUGGUAUCAAAACCGCAUAUUGAAGGUAUGGACGAGGUGGAGGAGGAAGAAGCAGGGUUGGCGUGUAUGGUUUGCAGGGAGGGUUACCUGUUGCGUCCAACAGAUAUGCUUGGAACAUACUGCUACAGCAAGCGUGUGAAUGUAGGAAUGGGUGUGAGCAGUCAUAAACGCAGUGAGUGGAUAUACACAACCGUGAGCCACUUCAACGUUAUACACUUUCAGUGCCACCAAGAAGCUAAACGAGCAGAUGCAUCCUUGAAAAAUCCUAAAAAAGAGUGGGAAGGCGCAACAUUGCGCAAUAGUGAGACUCUUUGCAAUAACAUUUUUCCUCUGAGGGGCCCUUCUGUACUUCUUGCCCAGUACGCUCGAUGCGUAGAUCAAUAUUGGGACAGCCUCAACUCUCUGGGCCGUGCAGAUGGGAGUCGCCUACGGCUGCUCAUUUUCGAUAUUGUCAUGAUGCUGGGUCGAUUUGCAACCAACAUGUCCUUCAGUGUGGACUGCAAGGGUGGGGGACGAGAGAGCAACUCCCGUUUGUUGCCUUUCAUGAUCCAGAUGGCACGGCACUUACUGGACCAAGGAGGUGCCGGCCAACGCCGUAUCCAGGCCAAAUCUUUGGCGACAUACUUGUCGCCUACUUCAUCAUCCGAGUCUGUAGAGGGGGGGUCAGAUUUGAAACCCGGCACUCCUACCACACCCCAGCGAGGAUCAAAUUCAGAAGAAAAUGUUCAGUUCAUGAUGGUGCAGUCUCUGUUAGUGCAAUCCAUCGACGAGUGGCAGCGAUUUCGUCGAACGUUUAUUCGGCGUGGUUUGGCCCAUGCUUACGUGAUGUUCAAGCAAGGGCGAUCUCUACUUCCUGCCCCACCUCUUCCUUCUCCCUUAACUGCGCUUGAUUCCUCACCUCUUCAGUCACCUUCCGUAGAACUCAAGACCCCGAAUUCUAGUCAACAGGACGCUAGUAAGAAUGGGGCGUUGAGUACUGAACAACUUUUCAUUAUAGCUCACCCCAUGCUUGUGUAUGUGGGUUUAGUAGAUCAGUUGCAGCACCUUUUUAAAAGUGGCUCUAUAAAAGCCCAAGAAUCGGAGGUACAUACAGCUGAAAAUACUAAAGAAGCAACAGCUAGCCAGAUAGGGGUCGAGCCUUGGGAGGUGACUAUGAAAGAGAGAACUCGGGACGUGGGUGCGAUGCUUGGUUUUUCUAAGGAAAUUUUGGAGUGGCUUGAAGAAAUGCAUGGCGCGGGCGAUGUGCAGGAAGCAUUUGAUAUUAUGGGUGCUUUGUCCGACGCUUUAACGGGAGGUUGCACAAGCUGUGACGAUUUUGUAAGGGAUGCAAUUUCUGGAAGAUAACGACACGCUCACCCUUUUUCAAUUAUCAAUUUUUUAAAAGCAUCCUAUCUGGUGUAUAUAGUGCCUCCUUAUUACCUGGUCCUCACUAUUUCUAGGCCAGGGUAGGAUGGCUUGUUCGUUUUUAUGUUAUUGAGCAUGUAGGGUAAAUCCAUGAUUAUAGAACUCCUUGUUUGUAACAUAUGCUCGGGUUGAUUAUAAUUGAACUCACUGUCUUUUGUAUAUCUUA